CUCAGAAGCAAGUAGAUGGUUUGGUUUUUGGGAGUGAAAUUUUCGUUAGGUUGAAGAUUUUGGUUUUUUUGGAAAUCAGUUAGGGAUUUUUUUGGGUGUAUAAGUGCUACGUUUAGACAACAGUGAUUUCGAUAAUAAACAUUUGUGCUAAAAAAAGUUGAAGGCUGUUUUUGAUAUUUGUGUUAAAAACGUCGCUUCGUCAAGAUGAUGGCUCAAUUUAUGAUGGACUUGAAAGCAGAACAUCGAACGAGUCCUUCGCUAUACCAAGCGAACUCUCCAAAGUCUCACGACAACUAUCGGCCAGACUCGACGGAUUCCGGUGUGCUGGACCUCUCGAAGCGCCGCGACUCCAUCGACACUCGUAAAACUCCGUCACCUUACGGUAGUUUCAGUGAAGGAGGAUCUCCGCCACUCCACAGUUCUCCGAUCAAUCCGCUCAACUAUCAUGGCAUUCAACAUCAACAUCAGAACUUGUCUCCCAAGCCGCUUCUCUCCUAUGGAGGUCAAAAUCAUUUGGAAUUGAGACAUGCGCUACCAGCCGGAUUUCACCCAGCCCCAACGUACCCGAUGGUCAUUCCAAAGCAAGAGAAUCUUCCCCACCGGCCGGAGCUAGCUUCCUAUCUCCUACAAGCGGGAGCAAUUUCUCACCAUGCUACGUUCCCGAGAAGCCCUCUUCAUCAAAACCGUGAAACCGAUUCGCUAUCAGAAUCCGGAUCCGAAGGACCACUCAUCACAAAACUCAAACAAUCCAACGAAGCUCCUCCACAAGGCAAUAACGGUUCCUAUCCGAUGGUUGUCGGACGUGACGGUAAAUUAGCGAGACCCUUCAAGGCGUACCCUCGGGAUCCGCUUUCCCUGGCGGCUGGGUUUAUGGCCAACGAUUCCAUGCUGGACAACCAUUCGGCCGAAAAGUACAACAUGUUCCGCAAACGAAUGCUCGAACAAAUCCAUGCCGCCAACGGGGGCCAACCGACCGUUUCCAAUCCAAAAAUGCGUCGCCUAAACAAAUCCCUUAGCGACGCAUCCGAAACGGAAAGCGUUCCGGAAAAGCAUCCCGAAAUAAGCGAAUCACACCCAACCACCCAAUCCCAAUCCAGCUACGAACCGCUUGUCAGCCAACCAACCAAUCACAGCAACCCAAACAUGAACAACAAUGGCGCCGCCACCAUCACUUCCAGCAGCAGCGGCAACAGUGGAACGACGAAAGACUCCGCCUACUACGAGCGAAGGAAGAAAAACAACGCAGCUGCGAAAAAAUCCCGCGAUCGUCGCCGGAUCAAGGAAGAUGAGAUUGCCAUCCGGGCGGCUUUCCUGGAGCGGGAAAACAUCGAGCUCAAGAUCGAACUGGCCGCGGCCCGCAAGCAGCUGGCCCUGUACGGAGUUGGCGGUGGAUCGCCCUGACCUGACACGGCUGCUCGAUUUGUACGCGUGAGAGUUGACGUAAAAGUUCCUUGGGAUUGAAAUUUCACAUUGUUCGGUAGGAGUUUGCAGUUUCAGCCAAUUGUUUGUGAUACCGUACAGCUUUGAUUAAUACUAAUACUGUAAAGACUGAUGAUUAAAGACUGAUUGUAUAGUAUAAGUAAGAACUACUAGCUUAAGACCAUUAGUGUAAGCAAUAAAAU